AUGCCGACGAUGGUUUGGUUGCGGCGCUCUACCACGCCGUUUUGUUGUGACGAGUGUGGCGCUGUAAGCUAUCGUUUGACGCCUUUGUCGGCGAAGUGCUCGCCGAGGCUUAGGGAGGUGAACUCGCCUCCCCGGUCCGUGCCUGGUGGAUCACGACCUGGUGCCCCCGCCUCGUGCGGCUCCUCCCCCGUGAUCGCGGAGGGCAUCGCCGUCGCCUCCGCCUCCGCCUCCUCCUUCCCGUCCGCCUGCGCCUCCAACUCCCCCUCCCCUCCGCCUCCGCCGCCGUCGCUCCCGCCGAUCCGGGUGUCCGAGGACACCUCCCGCUUCCGCUACACCAACCCGACGGGCCACCCUUCUGGGCUCCGGAUCGCGCACAUCGCUGCCGAGGCCAUGCGGCUCGUCGGGGGUGGGGGCACGCGGUGGGUGGUGCUCGUGGACGAUGACAUUGUGCUCUCCCCGGACAACUUGGUGGUUGUGCUUGGGAAGUACGACUGGAGGGAGAUGGUGUACGUCGGGGCCCCGUCGGAGAGCCACUCGGCCAACAACUACUUCAGCCACGGCAUGGCGUUCGGAGGCGAAGGCGUCGCGCUCAGCUUCCCCCUCGCCAUUGCGCUCGCGCGGACGCUCGAUGUGUGCAUUGAGAGGUACCCCAGGCUUUAUGGAAGCGACGACCGCCUCCAUGCUUGCAUCACAGAGCUUGGCGUGCCCCUUUCACGCGAAUAUGGAUUCCAUCAGUGGGAUAUCAGAGGAAAUGCCCAUGGUAUAUUGGCUGCUCAUCCAAUCGCUCCUUUCAUCAGUAUCCACCAUGUGGAGUUUGUGGAUCCUAUAUAUCCUGGAUUGAACUCUCUUGAGAGCUUGGAGCUUUUUACGAAGGCUAUGAAAACAGAACCCAUGAGCUUCUUGCAGCGCUCAGUUUGUUAUGAUAAAAAGCAGAAGCUUACACUUGCCAUCUCUUUGGGUUAUGUUGUUCAAGUGUACCCCAGUGUUCUUCUUCCUCCUGAAUUGGAACGAUCCGAGCGGACUUACAUUGCUUUCAAUAGGAUGAGCCAGAGAACUGAAUUCGAUUUUGACACCAAGGAAAUUCAAAAGUCUAUGUGCAAGAAGCCAGUCUUAUUUUUCUUGAAGGAUGUUUGGAAGGAUGGGAACAUAACUAGAGGCUCCUACAUAAGGUCAAGUGAACGGGAUGACCUCAAAAGGAAGGUGUUUUGCUUUAGGUCACCUCCUUCAUCUGACAUAGACGAGAUUCAAGUUUCUGCGUCCCCAUUAAGCAAAAGAUGGCAUCUGGCACCAAGACGGUUAUGCAGUGAUGUGAAAGGAUAUGUUAAUGGUACUCUGUUUAUGUUUGUUCGGCAAUGUGGACGCGGAGCAUUCGGCUCAGCCUCUGAUUCUCUUGAUUGA